AUGUGUGCGGUAUACAUUGUAUCUCAGCACAUAUUAAAUGUUAGUCAAGACCCAGCUCCAGUCGCUAGCGGUGCUUGCUCGUGCUUGCUUCACGAGAUGUCAGCUCCUGACAUAAUGUAUAGUGUGUUGGUAACAGUGGUGUGUGUCUGUUUGUGUUUACAAACUGUGCUGUGUCAAUACCAGGACACUUGCACCACAUUGAAAGGUGGCAUCGGAACAUGUACGCCAGCUGUCUCAUGCGCUGCGUAUUUCGAUCUUCAGCGACAAGCCAAAAGACUCGAUACUUCUUUCAGCUUAGAGAUGCGCAAUGUCUGCUGCCCAAAUGAGAGACCAAAAGAAACGACGCUACCAUUUUGGGACUUUGACGGAGAAUAUAAUUGUGGAGAAGACCAAAGAAACGCUGAACUUGUGUUUACAGAGGAAACGUGCACCACAAUUGAAGGUGAUAUGGGCAAGUGUGAGUCGCUAGCAGCCUGCGAGCCUUACUCUGAUCUGACGAGACAAGCCAAACACGUUCCCUUGACUAUUCAACUGAGAGAUGCUCAGUGCGGUUCACACGGAAACGAACAAAAGAUCUGCUGCCCUACUUCAGUGUCGUCUUCAUCAACAACUGAGCAAGCUUCUUUCAGAGUAAUAGCUGAGUCAGAUUAUAUAACGGACCUUCCUGAACCACCAGAAUGUGGACUCGGCUUAAGUUUUUUCGUCAGAGUUGUAGGAGGUGCUAAAGCCGCAUUGGGUUACUUUCCCUGGAUGGCACUUCUUGGCACCAAACAAGAAAAAUGGGACACAGCGCGUUGGAUAUGUGGGGGAAGUCUGAUCUCUCACCGCCACGUCCUGACCGCUGCUCACUGUAUAAAGAAUGAAUUGAACGUGGUUCGACUUGGUGAGCUGGACUUCGGACGAGACAACGAUAGCGCUUCUCCCAUAGACUUAUCCAUUAAAAGAAAAAUCAAACAUGAAAACUUCGACUACGGUUCAUUUACUAAUGACAUCGGCCUUUUGAUAUUGGAAAAGGACGUGGAAUUCUCUAAUACAUUUUCAGAACUCAUCCGACCGAUCUGUCUACCGAGGAGUGGAGAUGUGAACUGGAAAUCUCUUGUAGGCUUCAACCAGUUUCUCGCUGGCUGGGGAAACAUCGACAACCGUGGUGCUUCUUCAUCUCACCUGCGAUAUGUGGAACUACCUGUUGUGAACAACUCGGUUUGCGAGAAAGCAUAUGAGUCGCGGGUCAUAGAUGAAAGAGUAAUGUGUGUUGGCUCCUACCUGAAAGAUUCCUGCUCUGGCGACAGCGGUGGACCACUCAUGGACACUAUAGUAAGUAAUUUAAACGAUCAUGACAUGACAUUUGUAGGACGAUCUGCUGCCCCAAAUCAAAAUGAGCCAUCUCCAGAAACAAAGCAAUCAUUGACCUUAAACGCCUCCGAUGACUCUAGUGAGAACCAAGGGAUUACUCAACUUGAGGAAACGUGCACCACAAUUGAAGGUGGUACGGGUAAGUGUGAGUCGCUAGCAGCCUGCGAACCUUACUCUGAUCUGAGAAGACAAGCCAAACACGUUCCCUUGACUAUUCAACUUAGAGAUGCUCAGUGCGGUUCACACGGAAACGAACAAAAGGUCUGCUGUCCUACUUCAGUUACCUCCAUUUCAACAGCUACUGACGAACCUUCCUUCAGGUCACUAGCAGAGCCAGACUACCUAACUGCUUUACCUGAACCACCAGAUUGUGGAGUCAGUUUAGCACACUUAAACAGAGUUGUGGGUGGAGUGAACGCUAAACUUGGUGACUUCCCGUGGAUGGCACUUCUUGGUAUCAAACAAGAGAACUGGGACACAGUACGUUGGAUAUGUGGGGGAAGUCUGAUCUCCCACCGCCACGUCCUGACCGCUGCUCACUGUAUAAAGAAUGAAUUGAAUGUGGUCCGACUUGGUGAGCUGGACUUCGAGCGAGAUAACGAUGGCGCUUCUCCCAUGGACUUGUCCAUUAAAAGAAAAAUCAAACAUGAAAACUUCGACUACGGUUCCUUCAAUAAUGACAUCGGCCUUUUGAUAUUGGAAAAGGACGUGGAGUUCUCUCGUCUGAUCCGACCGAUCUGUCUGCCAACUCGUGAAGACCUACGUUCAAAAUCUUUUGUUGGCUACAAUCCUUUCAUCGCCGGUUGGGGAAACGUUGACAAUCGUGGUGCUGCCAAAUCUCACAUGCAAGUUGCGCAGCUGCCUGUGUUGGAAAACUCCAAAUGCAGGAGGGUUUAUGAGUUACGAGUCAUUGAUGAAAGGGUCAUGUGUGCUGGUGUCAAUGGCAAAGAUUCUUGCAACGGUGACAGUGGUGGACCUCUCAUGCAACCUGAUACGAACCGGACAACACGUAAAAUAUAUUUCUAUCAGACAGGCGUCGUGUCGUAUGGUCACACUAGAUGCGGUGAAGCGAAUUUUCCAGGAGUUUACAGUUCAGUGCAAUACUUCCUGCCCUGGAUACAGAAACAACUACUGGGUUCUGAAGAAUAA